AGUUAAAGUUGUUUGUGCGAGACUUGUGCCUUGUUUUUUUGUUGUUUUUUUUUUUUUUUUGGUAAUCGCGGUGGCUAUUCCUAUCAUAGAGAAAUGUAGCUCUAUGUUCCUAUCAACGACAAUCCCAGUUUUUACCCAGGCAGAUGCAGCGCACGUUUGUCUACCCAACCAAGUCACAAGUUCCCGGUAAGGGAACUUGCCAAAGAAUUUGGUAAAAAGACGGUCUGUUGAAAUGGCGGAGAAGCUACCGAUGAUUAUCGACUGCGACCCAGGCAUUGAUGAUGCCGUAGCCAUCAUGAUGGCUCUGUCUCAACCCAGUGUAGACUUACUAGCCAUUACAUGUGUUGCCGGGAACACACACCUAGAAAAUGUGCUCCUCAAUGCACUCAGGGUGCUGAGAGUUUGUGACAGGCUGGAUAUACCUGUGUAUAGAGGUGCAGGUGUGCCGUUGCUAAAUCUCAGCAGCAAAAGUAAUGCCCAACACGUCCAUGGUUCAGAUGGCCUAGGGGGUGUACCCGACCCAGACCCUCCCAGUCUUGAUCUGGUCCAAUCAGAGCACGCCGUCCACGCCAUGCUUCGCUUGACCAAAGAGCAUCCCGGUCAAGUGACCAUGCUAGCUAUCGGACCACUGACCAAUCUAGCUCUGGCCAUACGACUGGAUCCGGGAUUCACCGGUAGACUGAAGAAGCUGGUAAUCAUGGGCGGCAACACAGAGGGGUAUGGAAACAUAACUGACACAGCCGAGUUCAAUUUCUUUGCGGACCCCGAGGCAGCUCACAUUGUGCUGAGCAGUGUCCAGUGUCCAACAGUGGUCGUAGCAUGGGAGACGUGCUUGAGAAAUGGACUGAGCUGGGAGUGGUUUGACGCAUGGAUAGCGAAGCAGAGCCCAAGAGCCAUCUUUGUCAGCGCAAUCCUCAGAGAGUUCGUCUCUCGCUUGCAGAACACCCUCAGAUCAAAGAACCUGAUCCUCUGCGAUGGACUUGCCAUGGCUGCCGCCGUCAACCCAAGCGCGGUGAUGGAAUCGAAGCGGAUGUCUGUGCACGUGGAGUUGAGAGGGACAACCACCCGCGGCCAGAUGGUCCCAGUCAUCAAGAACGUCCAGGGGCUGGCAGUGGGGCCCACGGUGGAGGUCGUGAAGAAGUGUGACACAGACAUCUUCGCCGCUAUGUGUGACAAAGCCACCGAUUAGUGACACUGCUGUUGAGCCUACUUGGGCAGGCAUUCACCACGUUAAGGGGACGUGUUCUUGUGUUAAGGAGAUAAGUUCUUUUGUUAGGCGAAUUUGGACUGAGUGGUGGGGACAUCUUUCUUUGUCGUCAGACAGCUUUUGGUCCCCAGAAAAUAGGUGAAAUACCGAGUGAGCAUGUACGUCCCCACAACUACGGUGCAGAAGAACGUGUGCCAUCUGUGUGUCAACAAGAUAUACACUUUGUAUUCAAAGUGCUCGUGCAGUGUCAUUUUUCAGUGCAGUUUAUUUAGUUGCUCUGCAUUUUCCCAUUAACAUGAGUUCUCCACUUUGUUUUUACUAUUUAGAGGGCAGCUUGUUACCCUUUUCAUAUUUGCAAUGAUGCAAAUUUGCAUAUGUAUGAGCAAAACUGUGAUGUCGUUUAUGGCAGAAAAGCUCAUCAUUACAGUUAUUUCUGCACUGAAAUUAGCCAGAAUUUGGGAUAUUUUGCAGUCCAGUAUUUUGUUUUCUUCCCAGAUUUGUUUUUAUUUUCCAUUUAUGGCAGUAGGCCGGGGACCAAUGUUUCCUCACGGAUCAUUCCAAAAAAGCAAGUCUGGCGUUCACGAUUUUAUCAGAAAACGUCCCAAACUGAACAGUGUCUUCCUGUAAAGGCAUCACAUCAAGAGCACCCUCACUUGGGAGGUAAAGCUGAGAAAUUGCUAAACGUUCACUAAGUGCAUUUUUCAAUUAGAAAAUCAAAAAGUUAUUGUCAAGUGUGUAUGUCUCAACGUUUGUUACUUCAACAUGUAAUUCUUUGUGUUCGAAAUGAUACUGGUAUGUGGUGUUUUCAAAGGUAAUGAAAAUUUUUUGAAAAGGUUAUUUACAAGUGCAUGUAGUUUAAAUUGCAUUCAUAACACCAUUUUCUACUUCAUACGAAAAAGAGUUUAGGUCAUUAUCCCCAAAUAUUUCCAAAUAUUUGUUACUCGUUUCAAGCAUUAAUGAGCGAGUUUUCAAUCAGUGCUUGCAUAGAAACAUUUUGUGUAGUAGUUAUUUCAUUUAUACCUGUCAUUAUAUUAAGUCUUUUGGAAUCAUGCUAGGCUGUUAAUCCUUUUUUUAACAAAGUAGGUACCAACCUUAAUUGAAACAAUUGAAACACCAUUCAGGGACAGUUGUCUAGUUGUGGUGAUUGCGGACACUUUUACAGUGGCUGUUGGUUUCCUGUUGUAGUGUUUAAAACCAGCAUGAAUAACCUAGAUUUGACUGGAAUCACGGCACAGUUAUAUUGGGGGUGAGAAGUUGUGUUGGAUGCAUUUCCCACUAUUAUGACAGUGCAUCUAGCAUUGCGGAGUAGUAUGUUCUUGCUGCAUCAGCUAUUUCUCCACAGUGGUUAUAAAUUUCUGCAGGAUGGUAACUUAGCAGACCUGUUUGCUGUGUUUUUUAAUUCGCAGGUUGAAAACAAGGGACGUUCCGUUUGAUGAACAGCAUUUAAGUUUUUUAGUAUAAUCCAUUUUAGUGGAUAGUGUCUGAAAUAAUUCCAACAAUUGAAAACUUGACCAAUAAAGCAACUCAAACUAGAACAAUCCUAAAGUAAAGCUAACUCUUCUGGAAAUCUUUUUGUCAUUUUCAAGAAGUGGGCAAGCAAUUAAAACGAUCGUGGUCUACUUUUGUCUAGUUCUGUCCAACUCCACCCCCUUUAUACUUUGAUAUACGUUUCACUUUCACGGUAUGUUCAGUAUUAAAUCAUUUCUUGAUCAGUACGACAACAAAA